GUGGCGGCAAUCUACGCCUUCCUGUUCGCAGCUCCCUCCCUCGGAUCCAUCCUGCGCGUUUUCCACCGCGUCCCAGAUCAGUUGGCAAAUAAAUAAGCGUAGCCUGGCAGCGCGGCGCUCAGAGGGGAAGGGAGACCGAGCCGUCGGUCCUUUUCUCCCUGGGUUGCUUUCGGAGGGGACCGCGGGGGCUGAAGGCGCCACGCACCUUGGGGGCACCCUGAAGACUAAUCCGGCGCGCGUGGCAGCGGAGUGGGGGCGCUCUUCCGCCCUCUGCCCUCCCCCCAAGGCACGCGCACUGGCGCUUUCGCUUUGAAGUCGGCUCCCGGAGUGCGCUCUGUCUCUUUAAGGCGCGCUCCCGGCGCUCGGCGCGCGCCCCCGCCUGUAUAACUGGAGUCCAUGGAGUUGUAUUGAGUUCAGAGGGAGGAAGAGCUGGGAGCCAAGCAGGCUUCGAAGGGGGAAAGGUCGGGUUUUUUUGUUUUUUUGAAAAGGAGAAGCCGCUGCCUGUCCAGAGCUGGGUUUUGGCUACGCGCUUGGAAGAGCCCUCGAUGGACGCGCCGCCGCUCGCCGCUCGCUUUUAACGGAUACUUUUCCUGGGGGGUGGAACGGGGCGCAGAUUCUGGUAGCCGUCGGGGUUGCUAGCAUCGUUCCCUCUCGCCCCCCGCCCCCCCUGUUUGGAGGCAUUUCCCCUAAACGAACUGGGAGUUUGGCUACCGCGCAAGAUGUUGGUGCACACGUAUUCCGCGAUGGACCGCUCGGAUGGGCUGAACGGGACCUCCGCCGGCGGCCGCCUCCCUCAACUCUCGUCCCUCAACCAGGCGGCGGCGUACUCCUCGGCUCCCCCUCUGUGCCACACGCCGGCCUCGGACUUCCAGCCGCCCUACUUCCCGCCGCCUUACCCGCAGCCGCCGCUGCCCUACGCGCAGAGCCAGGAGAGCGCCUACCCGCACCUGGGGGACCCCUAUGGCGGCCUCAACCCCAUCCACCAGCACCAGCAGAGCGGCUGGUCCUCGCAACGGGCGCGCCAGGAAGAAGCGGCGGCCGCGGCAGCCGCGGCGGGCCUUCUCUCGCAGACGCACCGAGCUCUCGGCCUGGAUCCGCGCAGGGACUACCCGGGCAUGCCGCGCUUGCUCCACGGCUUGGCCGACGGAGCUCACGCCUUGGCCGACGGGCCGCUGGGACUCCACGCUCUGGCUCACCCCAGCCUCGAGGACAUCCAGGCGGUGGAUGAGGCCAGUAUGAACCUUUUGGACCAGUCGGUGAUCAAAAAAGUGCCUAUCCCUUCGAAGGCCAACGGGACCACCAUCUCUUCCCUGACCAUGAACAAGGACACCCUGAUAGGAGGGGUGACCAAUCCAAGCGAAGUCUUCUGCUCCGUUCCAGGACGGUUGUCCCUCCUCAGCUCCACCUCCAAGUACAAAGUGACCGUGGGUGAAGUUCAGAGGAGGCUCUCGCCCCCAGAAUGCCUCAACGCUUCUCUCCUUGGUGGCGUCCUUCGGCGGGCAAAAUCUAAAAAUGGUGGAAGAUGUUUAAGAGAAAGGUUGGAGAAGAUAGGGUUAAAUCUACCCGCUGGAAGGCGCAAAGCAGCAAACGUCACCUUGUUAACGUCCCUGGUGGAAGGGGAGGCUGUUCAUCUCGCUCGAGACUUUGGCUAUGUGUGCGAAACAGAGUUCCCAGCCAAGGCAGCAGCGGAAUAUCUGUGCCGCCAGCACUCGGAUCCCAGCGAGCUCCACGCCCGGAAAAACAUGCUUUUAGCAACCAAGCAAAUCUGCAAAGAGUUUGCCGAUAUGAUGGCUCAAGAUCGCUCCCCUUUGGGAAACAGCCGCCCCACACUCAUCUUGGAACCUGGCGUUCAAAGCUGCUUGACGCACUUCAGCUUAAUCACCCAUGGUUUUGGAGGGCCGGCGAUCUGCGCGGCGCUCACCGCGUUCCAGAACUACUUGGUGGAGUCCCUCAAAGGGCUCGACAAAAUGUUCAUGAACAGCACGGGCAACGGUCACUCGGUUGGCGACUCCAAAACCUCAGAAAAGGAUGUUAAGCAUCGGAAAUGACCCCUUCUGCAGGCUGUGACCCACCACGUCUCCCCAUCGGAGGGGUCCUUCCCAUUUCCAGGACGUGAGAGACAGGAAGGUCCUUCAACACUCUUGGAAGUGUUGCGGGGGGUGGGAGGAAGGAGAUGAUCAACCUUCUUUCUCCUGCCAGGUUUUCCAAACUGUGACGGAUGCAUUUUUGAAACCAAGUCAGUGAAAAAGAGAAGAUUGGAGAAGAAGAAUGGGCGGAGCCAACCUCAGCACGAGGAGACAUUAGUUACUGGUUUGGGUUGACACCUCUGAUUUUCCAUAGGAGAGACUGGAAGCCUGGUUAUAUGUGCAAUUAUUUUGAUGAUUUUAUGUCUUUCUUUGGAAAAGUCCGUGCUCAGAAAAAAAGGUUGGGAGGUUCCAGGCAGCAUUGCCAAGGAGAAAGCCAAGACAAAGAGGUCUUCAGGUAGAAAGUCUUUUCAGAAUCAAGGCCUGUUUAGAGUCAAAGAGUACUGGAUUUGGUUUUUUUUUUUUGACUCCUGCAACAGGCCUGGGCAUCUGCACCAGAUAGAGAAGGCUCCAUCAGCACUUCUUUUAAUCAUGAUCUUACAAAUCACCCUUCCUAAAGUUUGACAUGGUUUUCCUUUGCUACAGUCUCAUGGCGGAAAAAACUUCCCAGUGAUACAAUCUUGGAAAAUGUUGUACAACUUUGUUUACCGAUUUUUUGGGGGUCCAGUUAGACCUCAUGGUGGAGGUGCUGAUAGAGCCAUCUUGGUAGCCCCCACCCAGAGGUGGGUUUCAGCAGGUUCUGACCAGUUCUGGAGAACCGGUAGCGGAAAUUUUGAGUAGUUCAGAGAACCGGUAGUGAAAAUUCUGACUGGCCCCGCCCCCAUCUAUUCUCUGCGUCCCGAGUCCCAGCUGAUUGGGAGGAAAUGGGGAUUUUACAGUAUCCUUCCCUUGCCAUGCCCACUAAGCCACACCCACCAAGCCAUGCCACGCCCCCAAGCCACACCGACAGAACCAGUAGUAAAAAAUUUUGAAACCCACCACUGUCCCCACCCCAACACUAAAGGGGAGAAAAUCCCUGUUCUUAGGCAUCCUCUUUUCUAUCAAGGUGUCAUUUCAGCUUCUCUGGACUGAAGCUGAGUGAGACAGUCCAAGUUCUGAAACAUUCGUCAUGCUCUUAAUAUUAAAUAACGGAAUAAUAAAUUAAUAAUUGAUUUGAAGCACAAGACUAGCCCUUGAAGGAGAGGCCAAACGGAACUUAUAAUGAAAUCUGUAUAUAUUUAUUUAUGUGUAAUUAAAUAAAUAAAAAAAGUUUUAACAUGUCCGGUGUGCAUUAUUUAAAAUGAUUUUAAGUUGGGAUUUCUAUGGGGUUUGGGAUUUGUUUUAUUUUUGUUAUGUUAUGAAAAAUAUAAGUCAGUUCUUGCAAUUUUCGGGAAUAAGGUUUCGGAACGCACAACAGGGUAGCAUGGAUUACAGUUUGCAAUGCAAAUAAAUUAAGAGACAUUUCAGCACAUUUGGUAUUCUCCUUCCCCCUCCCCCUCUCUGCCUUUUGUACUUCCUGUGGUUUCUCUGGAAAAGCUGCAAUAGAUGUAUGAAUUCCACCCAACAAAAAUGUCACCGUUAUUAUCUGAAUAAAAUCUCUUUUUAUUUAC